GGAAUUAUUUCGGGCAAAUUAACGAAGGAGCGCGGCGUCGAUCGAUCGAUCGAUCGAAUCGAAUACUUAAUGACAUCUCCUCUCCUUGCUUCCUCCUCCUCCUCGGGAAACCCAACUCAGUCUCCCAUUGCCGCCGGCCGAUCAUCAUAGAGACGACAGUCGGAUCCUCUUGUAGAACCAGGCUGGGAUGUCAUCAAUGGAGCCGCCUCCGUUCCAAGAAGCGGCUCGCUGCGACGUCUGCAAAUGCAGCUUCAACACUUUCAGACGAAGGCAUCACUGCCGGUGCUGUGGGAGGACACUGUGUUAUGAACAUUCGUCCAAUCAAAUGCUUCUACCACAAUUUGGCAUCCACUCACCGGUUAGAGUAUGCGCUGAUUGUUUUAACAACUCUUCGGAGGCUGUAAAACGUGUGACUCGAGCUUCAGCUGGAGUUGAUCAAGUAUCAGCUUCAGUUUCUAGGUUAGACAUUAAUGCAGAUAAAGACUCCAAGGCCGAACCUCUCCCCGACCAUCACCCCAUUCCAGGUGUGCCUGAAUGCAAGUGCGGGAUGCCUUUAUGCAUUUGUGAGGCUGCAUCCCCUUCAACCGAUGGGCUUGCUCAGCAAAAAAUUUUAAGCAAUGCUCUGUCUGUUCCAAAACCAAAGAAGACAGAUGUUCCAAAGAAUAGGACUUCCACAUCAAACAGCAAAAGCUCGUCUGUUUUCAAUGCUGGUCAAGAAGUCCAUGUUAAUUCAGAGAAACCUAAAAUGGAAUAUGAAGCCAAUGGGGAGGGUUUAAGAGAGGCGAUAAAAAAUGAUGAUGCAGCUGCUGUAAUAAAGCUUCUUAGGGAGGGUAUUGACGCAAAUUAUCGAGAUAGACAAGGAAUGUCUUUGCUUCAUCUGGCAGCCGUCUUUAACCGAACUGAUAUAGCUUUUAUCCUUAUGGAGGGCGGAGCAAGCACUGAUUACAGGAAUGCACAGGGAGAAACUCCGCUCGAUUGUGCAGCAGCAACCCUGCAAUACAAGAUGCGGCAAAAGCUGGAAGGUUGCAACUAGCAUGGAGCUGCCGUUCCAAUCACCCAGAAGAAUUAUUAGAGAGAUGCUUGCUUUCUUUACCAACCAAGCGUGCCAGUCAGUUUUAUCUCUCAAAUGAGAUAUGUUGGUUCGAUUAAUCUCUUUUCUUCUACAUCUUGUUGAGUGUUGAUGAGAUCAUCCCCCCAGGCCAGUUACAUAUAACCUGCGUGAUUCGAGAAAGGGCCUUACGUUUUCUCUUUGGAUUCCUCUGUUUAUGCAUAUCGAGCUAUUAUAAAUUUUUAAUAUUCCGGGUUUGUGUAGUGCUGUGGAUAAGAUCGAAUAUAAAAGUCACCAACCAAAUCUUCCACUUUA